GUCAUCAUCAAUGACUACCAGAAAUGUAUCAAAACAUUAUUAGCUAGGUAAAUUAGCUGGCUACGCAUUAGUGUAUCAUCCCAGCUAAAGCAAUACUACAGACUACACUAUGCCAAAUAGUAUCAAUUGAUUAUACACAUGUUUGGAUAGCUGUGCUUUUCGAUAUCGUUUGGCAGUUUGCAAGCUAGCUAUAUUCCAAAAUAUUCAACUGUCUGCGUAGGAAGAAGUAGACAGACAAGCUCUGUGAGAGGAGGCCAAAACCAGGACGAGAGCGAAGUCGUGGAGGCCGCUUGACACCUGAGGGGAGGGCAUCGAAACGCCAGCCGCAGCUCGGCCUGAGACACGGGUAGCAGUAUAGGGAAGCAGAGCGGAGAGGCCGCCGCCACGGCGGGGCCGGCGGACAAAAUGGCGGGCAGCCCCGAGAAGAGUGUCUCGGCGCAGGAGUGGAAGGAGCAGGGCAACCGCCUCUUCCUCAGCCGCAAGUACCAGGAGUCAGCCGCCUGCUACAGCAAAGCUAUCAAGCGGAACCCCUCGGUGUCUGUGUACUACACCAACCGGGCACUGUGCCACGUGAAGCUGCAGCAACACGAUAAGGCCCUGGCCGACUGCAAGCAGGCGCUGGAGCUGGACCCCCAGUCAGUCAAGGCCCUCUUCUUCCUGGGCCAGUGUCACCUGGAGAUGGAGAACUACGACGAGGCCAUCGGCAACCUGCAGAGAGCAUAUAACCUGGCAAAAGAGCAACGGUUGAACUUUGGCGACGACAUUCCCAGUGCCCUCCGGAUAGCCAAGAAGAAGCGCUGGAACAGCAUCGAGGAGAAGCGCAUUAACCAGGAGAACGAGCUGCACGCCUAUCUCACCAAACUCAUCCUGGCAGAGAAGAAGAGGGAACUGGAUGACAGCAGAGAGGAACAAGACGGCAAGUCGGAGGAAUGCAGAAGCCGACACGACCUCACUAAGUUCCAGUCCAAACAUGACAAGCAACUGUCAGACAUGGAGGAGCUCUUCUCUCAGCUGGAUGAGAAGAGGAAGAAGAGGGAGAUCCCAGACUACCUGUGUGGAAAGAUCAGCUUUGAGUUGAUGAGGGAGCCCUGCAUUACACCCAGUGGGAUCACUUACGACCGCAAAGACAUCGAGGAGCACCUACAGCGAGUGGGCCAUUUUGACCCGGUGACACGCAGCCCUCUGACUCAAGACCAGCUGAUCCCUAACCUGGCAAUGAAAGAGGUCAUCGAUGCUUUCAUCAUGGAGAAUGGAUGGGUGGAGGACUACUGAACGAGGGAGGGAGGGAGGGAGAGAGAGAGGGGGAGGAGGAGGAAUCAUUCCAAAAGAAGAACCUGACAUAAAAAGACGACAACAAACCAAACAAGUAUGAUCUGCACUUUAAAGCUGAGACUGGGACCACACUACAGACUGAUACAUCUUCACUAGGACUGAGACUACACCACAGACUGAUACAUCUUCACUAGGACUGAGACUACACCACAGACUGAUACACCUUCACUAGGACUGAGACUACACCACAGACUGAAACACCUUCACUAGGACUGAUACUACACCACAGACUGAUACACCUUCACUAGGACUGAGACUACACCACAGACUGAUACACCUUCACUAGGACUGAGACUACACUACAGACUGCUACACCUUCACUAGGACUGCCAUUAAAUCUCAUUUUGAUCUAUCCA